AUGCCUAGCCUUCUAGAGUCACAAAGAUUGUCUUUGGAGGAACUUGAUCGGAUUGAAUUGGAAAUAGCCGAGAGAAUAAGACGGAAUCCAGAUAUAUAUAAGGCUUACUUCUCUCAUAAUUUGUUAGGAGGGGUUAAGAGACCACUGAAACAAACUUUACUCCAGCAGCAUGAAAUCAAACAUUUCCUAGAUCAAUAUAGUAAGAAAAGCCAACAAAUAAACCAAGAGGUAAUUAAAGAUGGAGAAAAGUUAUUCCAAGAGAUUCAGGAGAUAAAACUGGAUCUUUCUGGUAGUUUUAAGCUCUUUGGCCAGAAAAUUGAACAGUUGAAAAAUAAUCAUAAAAUGCAUCCAAACCAGCCACUGGAUGAACUCUCACAGCUAUAUUCAAUGUUUAGCAGUCAAUUUGAGAAUGAAAGAUAUCCCAAAAAGCGAAAAAUCGUAUCUGCAUUUUGCUCUGAUCUGAGGCUUGACAGUAUCUUUUCUUUGGAAGAAAACUAUGGCCAGUUCCUAGACCUUUCAAAGUUUUACACUCAGUGGCAAAAUCUUCCGGGAAAUAAAGAGGCCGACAUCAAUCUUCAUGGCUAUAUUUCAAAUUUCAGUAACUUCAAGAAAUCUUUUUCUUCUGUUAAUAAGAACUCUACGGAAUACCAAGUAUAUUUGACAAGUCUCUACGCAUAUUUGUGUGAUUUUUGGAUCAAGAUUCAACCACUCAAUGAGCCUGAAAAAAACAUAUUGGCCAUAAAUGCAAAGGGUGUUGAGUUACAGAACAAGAGCGAUGAGUCUAUUCAGUUGAACCAAGACGGAUCAGUGUUCUGUAAAUCAUGUCAGAAGUCAUUUGCAAAAGAAACGGUAUACAAGGGACAUUUAACAGGUAAAAAACAUCUUAAGAACCUGAAAGGAAAUGGAAAAGCACCAGAGACAACAAAUCAAGUUCCAAUCCUUGAAUUCAAAAUACGGGAAAUCAGUGUCCUUUUGGAGAAACAAAUCCAGGAGACUAUCAAAAACGUAGAACGAAGGUCUCAUCUUUCCGAAAGAGAAAGACUAAUGGAUAUCGAAGCUCGCCAACAAGAGUCGGAAGAUGAGUAUGAUUUCGAAGGAAGCGACGAGAUAUCGCACGGCAACUCAGAUGAAGAAGGUGUCGAAACUUUGGAUAAUGGCUUAAAGGUAGCAAUGGGCCCUGACGGAAAACCGAUUCCCUACUGGUUAUGGAAACUAAACGGUCUUUCACUGGAAUUUAAUUGUGAAUUAUGUGGAAAUGUUAAGUAUCAUGGUAGGAAAGAAUUCGAAUCUCAUUUUCAAGAGACUAGACAUGGCCAUGGAUUAAGGUGUCUAGGCAUCAAACCUCAGUUUUUUUCUUGGUUCAAGGAUAUUUCUGGUAUCAGUGAAGCAACAGAACUAUGGCAGAACAUUCAAAAGGAGCAUGGGAUCGUUAAGGAUUCGGAUGAAAGCAACAUAGAAACUGAAGAUAAUGAAGGUAACGUCAUGUCAGUGAAAGUCUAUAACGAGUUGAAGAAGCAGGGUUUAUUAUAA